AUGUCUUCGACUCAGCAGCUUGAGCAUGCUGUUGCUGCAAGCGAGGAGCGCCCAGAGGGUCUACCUCAGCCGAACCAAGAACCAGCCAACGGUGUUUCGAGGAAACCUCGCCCAAAACGACCCAACUAUAACGAAAUACAUGCGAAGCCUCUGCCACUAGACGUAUAUGCGCUGCCUGCCUUCAUCCCGCACAACCCCAUUUCCAUCGUGCGACUAUUCAUCAGCCUGAUUUCGCAGUCGCUGUGGUCGCCCGAGUCACACAUCGUCAUCCACAGAGCAUACUACUCUGCAGAGACCGAGUCAAUCCACGUCACCGAUCCGGCCUCCAUCCGAGCUCUUUGGGAACAAGGCUUCUGGGGCAAAGGGUCCCUCAGCCGAAGUGAACCACAGUGGUUAGUCGCUGAAAAGCGAAGGCGAGGUGCCCAGGCGUCCAAGACAAGCACCGAGGUUACACAAUCAAGGCGGGAAGAGCGCAGACAAUUCAAGUUAGAGAGAGCCAAGGCGCAGCGCGAGGCUAUUGAGCAACAGCUACGGCAAGAAGGCAAGAUCGUAUCCGACGCCAACAUCAACAAGCUCGUAGGUAGCGACGCCAAGGACAUCACCAAGCCAGAAGAUGCAACAGCAACUCCGGCGAUCAAUGAAAACACAGAUGGCCCUGCCGCACCGGCCGACGCUGAAGCUGAUCUAGAGGUUGACAUUGUGGAUCUUGAGCAUCUUCAGCUCACACCCGAGGAGGCUUUCUUCCUGACAUACGUCCUUGGUGCUUUGCAAGUCGUCAACGUGGACACCCAGGCUCCCAUGGAUCUUGCACAACACUACCCAGCAUGGUACCUCUUGCGUGUAUACUGCGCCCAUGCGUCCAGUUCUGGCGAAUCCGAUGAUCUCAAAAGAGCUUUGACGCAUCUUCGUACUGCGUACCGUAUGAGCAAUGACGCUACUCGAGUGGAUCCUGCUAUGACGUGUAUUCCGCCUAUUGAGCCUGACAACCCUUUCCUGAUGAAAUACGUUGUCUUUCACCACUUCCGAUCCCUGGGCUGGGUCGUGCGGCCUGGUGUCAAGUUCGCUGUCGACUACUUGCUCUACAUUCGCGGUCCUGCGUUCACACAUGCCGAGUUUGCGAUCAUGAUCAUUCCUUCCUACUCAGCCCCAUACUGGACCGAGCAAACGGACGGUCAAGCCCAAGUCAGAGCCGCGGAAAAGGAGCGCAGGGACUGGUGGUGGUUCCAUCGCGUAAACCGAGUGCAAACCCAGGUCAUGAAGACACUGAUGCUGGUCUACGUUGAAGUACCGGCACCGUGGGAUGCGGAUUAUAUGAGCUUGGAUGGGUUCAAGCUUGACAUUGGUAGCAUUUUAAAGAAGUACACAGUUCGAGAGUUCGUCUUCAAGAGGUGGAGUCCAAGCAGAAACAGAGAUUGA